AUGAACGGAGCAAGAAUUCUCGGCAAGGUUGGCCCGAUCGAUAAACGAAGAACGCAUGAAUUUCAAACAAUAAAGAAUUCCGAGUUUUAUGACUCUAUAAAGCACCUUCCUGAGCUGACUCCAUCGAAGCAGCUUACUCAAGAAGCCACAUUUCGGGAAGUUCAAGCAGAACUGAAUCAGGUCAAAGCAGAUGUUGUGAGGAUAGACACUCUUGUUGAGAGUGAUAUUUCGCUCGAAAGAGCUCAAACUAGUAAAAUAGAGGUUCAACUAAAAUCUUCACUACGGCGGCUCAAUCACUAUUAUAAGAAAGUUGAGCGCGCACGCGAAAAACGAGGAAGGGUGGCUGACACAGAGCAACAGGACUGCCUUCUAAGAAUCUCGGAACUUGAAACUACACGAUUGCAGUUACGGGACCAGGUUGAGCUUGUUAUACAGAAAAUCGAGAAAAAAGAGAAUGAGCUGCCUCAAAAAAACAGGCUGCUCAACGAACUUUCGUUUAAUAAGCGACAUUAUCCUCUUCUUCACGAGCUACUUGCAAGAAACUUCACGCCUGCGCCCUCUUCGGACGAUCAUGCGUCACAAAAGACUGAUGGUACGGCCGGUUUUGAAAUUGAGAAUGUCAAUCACAAUUCCUUGACUCGAGCUGCUCCUAUCCCAAGUCACUCACCACCCGGGCAAGUCGCGCAACCAGACAACCAAACUCGCAAGGAACAAGGUCGGUCGUCCUUGGGAAAAGCUUCUGCACCGGCGAUACCUCCCCCAAGCAUAAUUUCUGACCUUUUGCAUUCGAAAUCUUCAACCGCAUCGGUGAGUACCACUUUUCAUCAAGUGACCGGGCUCGAAACCACAACCAAGUCGACAAGUGGAAAUGAUACUUCGAGUAGUUUGUACGAUAAUUUAAGUGUUAAAAGAUGA